GACUGAUUGCCACAAAACUGAUAAUCAGAGCAAUCGCAAACCAUAAACUGUUUUACAGUUUAGAAGACAAUGUCUCUUCGAUUUUGUACCAUGAUAUCAUUGGUCCUCCUAGGAUUUGGCGUUGCCUUUUCGCUGGGACAGAAUUACACAGAACCUCUUGUUUUGGAGGGAAAGUGUCUGGUGGUUUGCGAUGCGAACCCGUCUGUAGAGGGAGCAUUGACCUCUUCCUUCGGGAUAUCUGUCCGGGCAAGCGGUGCUAAAGUGGCUUUCUCUGCACUCAGGGGAACGAACCACGAACCAUCUGAUAUGAGCAAUACGUCUCCGACCAUCUACUUUGACCAGGUAUUAGUGAACAUUGGCAACCAUUUCAAGCCGCAAGCGAGUGUAUUUCAAGCACCAAGAAGAGGCAUUUACAGUUUUAGCUUCCAUGUGGUGAAGGUUUACAACCGGCAGACUAUACAGGUAAACUUGAUGCACAACGAAUACCCUAUAAUAUCAGCUUUCGCCGGGGACCAUGAUGUCACUCGAGAGGCUGCGAGCAAUUCAGUCCUUCUGCACCUGGAACGGGAGGACAAACUCUACUUGAAGCUUGAGAGGGGGGAUCUAAUGGGUGGCUGGAGGUACUCAACGUUUUCUGGAUUCUUGGUGUUUCCACUCUAAUCACAACUCUCAAAUCAAGUGACUCUUUUUUAUUUUCUUCAAGGACGUUGGCCACCCAUCUCUGGACUUAAAUUAUGAAGAAAUGUAUAACUGACUGUGAGAUAAAGUAGGCUAUUUUGGCAAUUUAUGACGAAAUUAUUCCGUGCUAUGAGGUUGGGAUUUGUAUUGCUGAAUGUGACUGAUUGUUGGUAUGAUAUUAUAUAAACUGCGAAGAGUAGCCUAUUCAAGCGUUUGUCAGUUGCGCCCAUUCAGUAGCUAUCCAUGGUCCUGAAACAGCAGAAACACGGUAGCUGUCUGUUGAAACCACAAAACGCAUCUCAAGCGUACAGAGCCAAUAGAUGGCAAUUGAGUGUUGGCUCUAGUGCCAACGUUGUUGCAGUAGUGCCAUUGAAGUAUUGUAAUCAAAUAACAUUUUCCAAAGGUGUGCAAAUGCAGGCUAGCUGGCAUUUGGACCUAUAUUGCACAUUGAUAAGGUGUUCAUUUUGGCAUUUUUUUUAAAGCUUUAGUCCAGUCUUAGUCACUUUGUAAUAACAUCCAAAUCAAAUGUUAUUGGUCACAUACACGUGUUUAGCAGUUGUUAUCGCAGGUGUAGCAAAAUGCUUAUGCUAGUUCUGACAGUGCAACAUUAAGUCACAUUUGUGUCAUUUGAAUAAUGAUUAAGUGCGCCAUUUUCGUAAACUAAAUUCCCUUUAAUUUCAGUCACAUUUUAGUCACAUCACAUUUGUAUUGUCUCAUUAACCUAUAGUAAACUUAAAUCACUGACUCCCAUGUGCACAAACAUACAUAACCUUGUCCCACCAACAUAUUUUUCUGCAUAACAUAACAUCGUAUUCCCUUCCCAACAGCAGAAAAAUGACAAACAUAUAUUAGAAUAUAUAAUGAUUAUCUGGCCAUUCCUAAUUCAGCCUACAUAUCGGCAAAGUAGUAUGGGUUGAACCUCCAUCACUGGGCCAUGUCAGUGCCAUUGUAAUCAACGUUCCACAGAUGUUGCAGCCACAUUGGUGUCCAAAAGUAGAACGGGGGCUAAUGACUUUGAACGGGAUUUUUUGCCCAGUGAUGCAGUCGAGUCACUAAAACCCAAGUCCGAAUUGAGUCCCAAGUCCCCUGUGCUCGAGUUCAAGUCUGAGUCACCAAUGUUGGUCGAGUAACGAAUGGAGUCACGAGAAAAAAAAUGUAGUCAAUAAAUUGCUUGCUAUCCAUUUUUCUUUUUUCUGUACCACCAAAUGUGUGCAUAUCUGCUACUGGUAACGUUAAUGUUACCAGGGCCACGUUCAGUUGCAAAACUUUCUCGAACAUUGCAGACAGUUCCAGUCGGUAUUCACGUAGUAAUAAUAAAGAAUUCCCUUGACACACGACAACAAAUUGGGUAAAACCAACAUUCUUUCCUAUUGAAAUAACAAAACAUGCCAAAAAGCUGCUGUGUUGUUUUAUGUAGCCAGGUCAAAAGUCCUGACCUGCGGUUCUAUAAAGCUCCAAAGUAGGGAAAUAAAGCCUGUGAAAAGAUUCAUCGUUAGACAUGUUGUACUAUUAUUAAAUGUUGUUUUGUAAUUGACUAAAACAAGCAGACUAACAAUAAAAUUGCAUUUGAAAACGGUCAAGUUUUUGCUGUGAGCUAAUGGGGAAACCUAGGUAACCUGUUAGUUUUUCCCAGAGAUAGGCAGGCCGCACAGUUACAGUGCCUUGCGAAAGUAUUCGGCCCCCUUGAACUUU